AUGGCCAACUUCUUCGAAGCUAAUUUAACAAACGUUAAAAAAACGAACCCAGGCGACAAAGCAAAAGUCCCUUUGGGGCUUACUUACAUCAUCACAACCCUAAUUAUAAACAGCAUUGCCUGUCCCUUGAUAGUUGUGCUAAACGUGCUCGUGAUAAAAGCUGUGAAAACAAGACGACAACUCCGAACUAACUGCAACAUCUUGCUGGCCUGUCUAGCGGUGACUGACGCGGUAACUGGUCUGAUUGUGCAGCCACUGUAUAUUUUAAGGAGACUUCUCCAGUUCAUAAACGACGGUGAGAGCGAAAAGUGGGUUGCAACAGCCCACAGAACUUUCCACAUCGCAGUCUUAACAGCUUCGUUGCUUCAUCUCAUGUUGGUUACUUUUGAAAGGCUUGUUGCGAUCAAAUUUACCAUGCACUACUCAAGCGUUAUUACUGGAAAAACCUUAAAGAUAACAGUGGGUGUGUUUUGGGUUUUUUCUUUAAUUCAGGGGGUUAUUUCGCGGUUGAAGUAUGAAUUAAUUAAACAUUUGGUCGGGACUCCUCUUUUAGUUUCAUGUAUCCUUUUCGUUACGUCAACUUACGUGGUUUUGUAUCGUGAAGCCCUUCGCCACCGAAAGAAGAUAAAAACUCAUCAACUUCCCCAAGAAGAAGUGGAAAGAGUCACCAGAGAGAACAAGGCGCUUAAGACAACUGUGUUUGUAAUUGGUGCCAUUGUUGUUUGCCUUUUGCCAGCUGUUGUGUCUUCCUUCCUACACAUCUUUGGUGUGGUUCAGGGUAAGGCAUACGCAAGUUUGACUUCAUGGAUUCGAACAUUCACCAUGUUGAACUCUCUUGUAAAUCCGCUGAUUUACUGCUGGCGACAAAAGGAAAUGAGGAAAUCAAUAUUUUGUUCAAGUUACCGGGUUGUGGAUCCGGCCAACCAAUGA